UCACCACACACUCACUCCUCUACUCAGCAUGCACUGCGCAGCCCCCAUUGUGCUCACUCAUUAAAAAGUCAUUGUCUGCAUUCUGCACUCUGCAUCUUGCACCCUGCCCAGCACCCUCCCCUCCUCCCCCAAAACCCGACGUCGAUGGAAUAAACCCAGCGGGGCCGGGCUGACAUCUGGCAUCGGAUCCAGUCUCAAUAGCAGCCAGCGCCCGGCUUUUCUCCCUAUUGUGCCUGCUCUACCCCGGGCGGGGCCGUCUGAUUGGCUGCAUGCAGGCCAGAAUGGAGUCUCAUCAGUCUCAGCAACAGCGCGGUGCCAGGAGCGGUCCUGGCAGGCCUCGCGGCUCAUCUCGAACAGGACGGCCCUCCUCUUCCUCGGGCCACCACCAUGCGCACAACACCUCGCCUGGCUCGCUCACAAAUAUCAUCAACUUUGGGGACGAGCCCUCCUCCAUCAACGCCCGCUCCCCCGCCAAGAGCCGAGGUCGCGCCAGAGGCUCAAACCACACCUCGCCUUCUCACCACUUCCUCUCAUCGCCCACCUCUGCAGCCUUCCCCGAGCCCGCCUCAGACGCCAUGGGGCUCGACGACCACAGGGCUGCUCCUCGCCCAGACCGCGUGCCCAAGCAGCCUCUGAAUCACUCUUUCACUUUCUCCACCCCCGAGAACCCCCGCCAUGAGCCCGGCCGCAAGCGAGCCCGGACCCUGGAAUAUCCCGCCGACGCUGCUGCUGCUGCUGCCGCCGCCGCUCGCCACGACGAGGCAAAAGUGAAAGGCGGCCACUCACUUCGGAAACGGGUACGCAUUGAUUACGCCCAGAUGAACGACGACAAUGAGGAAGACCACGCCAACAAGGACCUGCAGGACGACAGGACUGAGAUCACUGUCUCGGGCGCUCGCGGCGUCCGCAAGCGACGCUCUACUGCCGACCCCCACAACGACGAGGACCCGCCACCACAGCCGCCUCUCACCACUGUCACCACCACCAAAAGGGCCAGGUCUGAGAAGCAGCGCACUGUCUCGCCUAAGCCCCAGCGCCGCAGGACCCAGCAGAGGAAGUCAAUCUCUGCCCCCGUCGUGCGGCCCGCAGAGUCACCUGACCAGCAGCCUUCUGAUACCGAGCUCAAAGACACCAUCGAGGUCGGCGCGCCCCUUGCCAUGCAGUUCACUGGCUCAUCGAGUAGCCAACCCUCAGAGACUGCGAGCAACAUUUCUGGCCAGUCUCCCUCUCAAACUAGGCAUGCUCAGCCGCCGACUUUCACCGGGACCCAGGUUGCAUCACCCACAGCCAUAGGGCAGGAAAAUGAGCCUUCAACGAGUUUCGUCGAGAAGGACGAGGAGCCUCCUUUAUCCGUUCUGGAUGGCGCUGAGCAGAGUCAGCCGGAAGAAUCUGCCGUUCCGGCCUCUAACGAGCCCACUCAGGAAGACGUGGGUGAUGUUGCGGAAAAAGAGGAGAAGGAGGCGAGCGAGGAGCCUGCGGCCACUCUCCCAGAUCUUGGCCAGCAAAUCACCUCGGCGCUCUCUGCAGUGUCUGAGAUUGACGACGCUCGCUUUACUACCCAGUCCUCUCAGGAUCCCGAAUCUGGACCUCUUGAAACCGAAAUGCCCGCCACUUCAUUCCAAGACCAGUCACAAGGCCUGAAAGUCCCAAGUUCUCAAGAAUCAAUUGAUUCCGACGCCACUCAGGACAUGCCUCCUGAUGGGCCCCUUGGAAGUUCGGCACUCGCCAGAGAAUUGAGAAAUACUAUUUCCUCAGUUGUGGAUGAGCAGCCAACAGAGCAGCCCACAAAAGUUCCCGAAAUUGACAACCAAAAGGAAUCCGCAGCAGAGUCUCUUCAAAACGAUCAAGAGACAGAAGUCUCGCUUCCUCGUACCCGCAGGCGCUUGGGCCGCCUAGUCGGAAACUCAAGUGCAACCGAAGAAGACUCUUCUCAAUUGCCCACCCAGGCAGAGAGGAGAUCAUCCACAAGUAAAAAGAGUGAAAAGGCCAAGUCCGACGUCAAUUCUACGGUACCUUCUGUACCGACGCCUGAAAGCCCCGAGACGCCUAAGAGGCGAAAACCAGGCAGGCCGCCAAAGAUUCGACAGAGUAUUGAGCAAGAGCCCCGAGAGCCCCGGGUGCCUCGCAAGCGUCGUGCCACGGCGACAACACAGACAAUUGCACAGCCUCGACCGAUGCGGGCUCACACUCCUCGGGAUUUCUCCUUUCUCACACCAUAUACAGAUGCUCAGGAUGCAUAUCCUGAAAUCGCUCAAGACUAUGGCGUUCCAACCCCUGGGGAAACCCCAAACCUCCAGAAUUCCGAGGACCCAGGCGAACCGCCCGAUGAUGUUGAGUCUCUAGCCCCGGAGCGGGACUCAGGCAGCCAGGAGCAGGGACAAUCUCGGCUUGAUGGUGGCUCAGGGUCCAAUGCACCCACCCCUGCGCCCAUGUCGGACAUGCCAACGCCAGCUGCUGAGUCGAUGCCUGCUAGCAGGAACGCGUCGCCAGAGCCGGUGGUUGAGUCGAUUCGUAAAGUCAAGCCACGCAAACAGUUCAGGUUUACACGCAUCAGGUCUCCCACCGACUUCGUCAAUGUCCUCGACGACCACAAGAACAUGUCCACCGAGGAUCUCUUCAAUGUCCUGGAAGCAUCUGCCAGUGCCUUGGGCGCCUGGCAGGAUGAGUGGAAGAAGCGCAAGCUUGUCACUGAAGACGAGGACAACGCUGUUCGUCGCCGCGCCCACGACGCUGCUUUGAUGGCCCGAGAAGCCAGGGACAUGGCCAAGACCAACGGCGCCAUCUCCGUGGAGAAGAGGGACUUCGAGAUCAAAGGCAUCCGUGCGAGCCUCAUCGAUGAGAAUAAGCUGAAGUACCCGGAGAGCAACCCUGAGGUCUACGAGAGGAACCAGGACCAAGUUGCAGCACAGGCAUAUGGUUUCGAAUGGGACCCACGGCCAAGCAUGAUUGGGAGGCAGGAUCCCAUCGGACAACGGGACGGUCUGCAGAACAACCGACUUCGCAACAGGCCCAAGCUUAGCCAGCGGGCUGCAGAGGCUGCGGUAGACGACCCGGUGGGCAUCGUCACCGGCAAGCGAACUCGUAAGCCACGCAUUCUAUCCGACGACAGCAAGGAUGUUAGCAGGGCCCCAACCCCAUUGGAGCCUGUCAAGCCGAAGCAACGAGGCCGCCGCAGGAAGAAUGCGGGCGCCGAGAACUUGGAUAGUGAUUAUGAGGCUCCCGCCGCUGCAGAGGACAAUACUCCGACCCAGAAGGCUGAAGUUCCGGAGGCACCGCCACCAGAUCAGCCGGUAAAGAAGCGCAGGGGUCCCAAGCCUGGCGCCAAGGCUGCGCGCGAAGCAGCGGCUAGAGCAGCGGCGGAGAAGGAGGCGGCUGAGAAGGCCGAGCAGGAAGCCCUGGCCAACGCCGAAGCCGCGAGAGACCAUGAGCUGUACGGUGUGCAGGAAGAGCAACCCCAGACCCGCAAGCGCCGCCGUGGUGCGGCGGCCACAGACACUCUUGGUUCAUCUUUCGAUGGGGCUCAUCAGCAGCCGCCUGCCAGUGAGUCCCAGUUUGCACAAGGAGACGCGGCUCUGCCGGCGCCCAAGAGGCAGCGCGGCCGCAAGUCUGCUGCUGCCACGCAGGUCGAGAUUCCUCCCGGCACAUUCUACAGCGCGGGAAGCAGCGUCCCCACAAACGACGACACAGUCACGCCGACCGAGGACUUCAGGCCGUCUACGUCGUCGUCAACCAGCUCGAUGCACACCGUUGGAAGCAGCUACUCCUUCCGCCACCGCCCGAGGAAGAACUACUCCGAACUGGCUGACCCGAUCAAAGAAAAGCUUGCUGAAACGCGGCCCAAGCGAGGUCGCAGGGCCAAGAAGGACCAGCAAGAACCGGAGCCCACCUCGGCGCCGUCCAACUUCAUGCCCGCCCAGCUGGAUGGCAGCUCAUACGGGCCGCCCGGCCAUGGAUACAUGCACCACCAAGCGGCCCCUGUACUUGCGCCCCCCAACAACAUGAACCCCUUCAUCAACGUGACGGGAGGCGGUCCUGGCCAACUACUUGCACCUGCUCCAGUGCGGAUCGGGCCGGCGCCAGCGCCUCCGCCUCACCCGGUUGGUGCCCAGAACCCUUUCUCCGCCCCUCACACCAACGCCCCUGUCGAACAUCCUCCCCAUAUCGAACAUCCCCAGUCUCCUAGGAAGAAGCAGCCGAGGAUCAAGGUUAUUAACAGAAACCGCCAGACUGUGACCCCCCAGCCAAGCGGACCACCACCUCCCCACCAGUCAUAUUCUCACUCCGGACACCAAGCUCCGCUCGCCCCACUUCAGCCACCCCCGAGCUUCCACGGACAGACUGGUUACGAGCAACAAUUCUACGGCGGCGCCCCCCUCCAGCCCCACUCGAUGCCCGGAGCCGGCCCAGGACAGUUCUCUUUCCCUGUGAACUCUUCUCCUCACGGCGCCAUGUCCAUGCCACCCAUGAUGCCCAAUGGUCCCCCGUUCCCGCCCAUGGGCAGCCUGCCAGGAGGUCCAGGCUCUCUCCCAUCGACAAACAGCCGGGGUAACUCCAAGCCUCCCGGAUCAGGCCGCGCUACUCCCGCGCCUUCUUCUGCCGAGGGGGAGGACCUGAGUGAGAAGGACUACGCAAGCAUGACCAAGAGCGAGAAGAUGAGCGCCAGCAUGAAAGCUCGAUGGGCCAACGGCUCCAUGCGCCAGGCAGUGAACAAGCGCAAAGAGACGCUCGCGCGUAAGAAGCAGAAACAGAGCGACGAGAAGAACCAGACAAAGACGUCGACACCCACCCCACAGCCGGAGAUGCCACCAUCACAGUCCCGCACCCCGGUGACGACGACCGCCCCCAACUUCCAAGCCCCAGCGGCAGGAGGCGGCGCCGCACAGCCGAGCCCGGCCGACAUGGCCAAGAACCUGCCGCCUGCCCCGGAAAGGCCGCGCGAUUUUGGCGGCAUCCUGAUGGGUGGCGAUUACGGCGUCCCCCCGCCCCUGCCAGGCGGCAUGCGAGCCCCGUCACAGGCCCCAAUGCAGCACGACGACAGGCAGAUGCUCGGUUAUAUGCACGACGGCCCGCCCGCCCACGUUCCCAUCCCGGGUAGUAUCUGGGAGGCCCACGGGCGGCCGUACCCCAACGGCAGCGGGCGCGAAGAGCUGAAUGGCGACAGGCAUGUCGGUGGUGGAGGAGCACAUGCACAACCUGCGCCCGGAUGGGGGCCACAGGGCUGAACGGGGGACGGUUUCCGCCUGAUAAAAUAUUGGCGGAUUGUGUAUCUGUGAUACUGUUUUAACUGUAUUCUAUUUGUAAAAGGAGGCGCACUGUUUUGCUGCAUCCACGGGACGGGUGAUUGAUGAAAAAACAAUAUUAAAAAGGGUGGAAGUCUCACGAAAUUCUGCCUCUCUAGGUACACACUCGCGGGGAGGGCACAGAGUGCCGAAUCAGCAUAGCGACGGUAGUACAAGGCAUUGCAUUGCAUUGCAUCAUCAGGAGGAAAACGGAUCCUCUACUCUCAAUUUAUCUAGGCGUAAUUAUUACAAA